UCCAACAGCAGCGACUGUCAGGAGAUAGCUGGGUGGCAGGGACAGGGGGAAAGGGGCUUUUCUCUGUGGCCACCUGGAAAAAGCCAUGCAAGAUCAGUGGCUUGUCAAGACAGAUAUCUACAGAAACAAUUCCAUUUAAUAACCCAGUCAUCCAAAUUUGUAACACAGCGUCAUCCAUUCUGGAGGAAAAUCUGCACAUGAGAUUGAGUGAAAUCGACGACUCCGAGAAGAAGCAACUGGAGUAAAAAAGGGCAAAAUAAAGUUUUCUGCAAAGUGUGAAGUGCGCCCCGGAGCUUCAUGGACACGCGCAGAAACCCCCAAAGUAACUCCAAAGGAAGAAACCCCCACAAGUUGAGCACCAAGGAUAUCUCCAAUCAGCUUUGAUGUCAGGUGAAGAUGAAGUCAGACUGACGGAGGUUUUAUCUUUAGCCAGGUAACAGACUAAACUUAACUUUCUCAUCGGGGCGUUAUUGGGCUGCGGGGAGGCAUGAGUGGCGGGCGCUUUGAGUUCGACGACGGCGGAGCUUACUGCGGAGGCUGGGAGGGAGGCAAAGCCCACGGCCAUGGCAUCUGCACCGGACCCAAAGGCCAGGGCGAGUUCUCCGGCUCCUGGAACUACGGCUUCGAGGUGGUGGGAGUGUACACCUGGCCCAGCGGGAACACCUACGAGGGCUACUGGUCGCAGGGGAAGCGUCACGGCCUGGGAGUAGAAUCCAAAGGACACUGGAUUUACAAAGGGGAAUGGACUCAUGGCUUCAAAGGGAGAUAUGGCAUCCGGAUCAGUGUUGGCAGUGGAGCAAAGUAUGAAGGAACAUGGAAUAAUGGGCUUCAGGAUGGAUAUGGAACAGAGACAUAUGCAGAUGGAGGUACUUUCCAGGGUCAGUUCACAGGUGGGAUGCGGCACGGCUAUGGGGUCCGGCAGAGCGUCCCUUAUGGCAUGGCAGCAGUCGUCCGCUCCCCUCUUCGUACCUCCCUGACCUCCCUUCGCAGCGAGCACAGCAACGGCACCGUCUUGCAGCAAGACGUCCCCAUGAUCACUACCACCAACGCCUCAGGUGAGGAGACACCCGUCGCCACCCCUACCCAGCUGGGACCGUCCCGCGGAGGCUUCGCCCUCACUCUACAGGUGGACCCAGAGGCUGUGAAACCCAAAAAGAAAGGCCUGUUUAACAGGAGCUCCCUGCUGGGUAAGCUAAAGAAGUCUGACUCCAGUACCUCGCUGUCCAGCCAGAAGAGCAAGAUCAGCUUCCUGAGGACGGAGUCGGCUCUCAGCUCCAACGCCAGCGACACCAACUCCACCAUCAGCAUCGGGGACGAGAGCCUGGCCGGAGCCGAGGAUUUCCCCCCAGUGGAGGCCGACAUUGACGCCACCACCACAGAGGUCUACAUGGGUGAGUGGAAGAACGACAAGCGCUCAGGAUAUGGAAUAAGCGAGAGGUCCAGCGGGCUGAAGUACGAGGGUGAGUGGCUGAACAACCAGAGACACGGCUACGGCUGCACCACCUUCGCCGAGGGAGGGAAGGAGGAGGGCAAGUACAUGAACAACUUGCUGGUGAAGGCCAUGAAGAAGAGGGUGAUCCAGCUGAAGGGAACCAAGAUCAAGCAGAAGGUGGAGCGAGCGGUGGAGGGCGCUCAGAGGGCUGCAGCCAUUGGCAAGCAGAAGGCAGAGAUCGCUGCUUCCAGGACAACCCACGCAAAGGCCAAGUCCGAUGGGGCUGAGCAGGCUGCCCAGGCCUCCAACAGUGAGUCCAGCAUCGCCAGACUGGUGGCCAAAGAGCUCUCCCCUUCCUUCUACCAGCCAGGUCCUGAGUAUCUGAAGAAGAGAGUGUUACUGGAGGUCGGGGAGGGAAGUGAGAACAUAGAGCCUGUCAUGCAUGAGCCGCUGCUAGCCGAGGAGGAGCCCCUGCCCACGCCGCCCGAGAGCCCACUCAUGAAUGAACUGGACAGCCUCAUGCCCGGCUCGUCCCCAGCCCGCACCCCCUCCCCCAGCCCAGGCAUCAUCAGCAAGGAAGAGCCCAAACUCCUCAGUCCAGGAAGCUGGAACGAAGACAAAAGCAUUAAAGGUGGUGGCAGUAAGGGUAGCAGUAAAUCCAACAGCAGGCCCAACAGUCGCCCCACUACCCCGUCAACCCCCGCUCCUGCUCCUGCCACGGCUGCACCUGAAGGCGCAGGGGCUCCCGGCAGUCGUGGCCCCUCUCGCACCCCCAGCCGUCAGAGCAUCAAGAUAGAGCAGGGCUCGGACCUGGAGAUCAAGCCCCUGCAGAAGUUUGACUCAGAGGUGAAAGCUCCGGAUGUCACGCCUGCACCCGCUGCCCCUGUAAUGAAUAGCCUCAUCUCACCAGAUGAAGAAGAAGAAGAAGCCCCGCGCCCCAUCUCCAAAGUGUCUUCCAAAGCGGUCACCCCGGAGCCUAAAAUCAACGAGGUCAAAACUGAAAGAGCUCCAUCAGUCCGCGAACGAGCGCCAUCCGUCUCCGAGAGCAAAGUGGAGUCCAGGGAGGUGAGCAGGCCGUCCAGCAAAGCAGAGACAAAGCCGUUGCCAAAGCGGCAACCCAGCCCAGCUCCAUCCCCCAAACCAAGUCUUGAACCUAAAACAGUACCAAAGCAAGUGGAAGACAAAGCCAUUGUUGCCAAACCAGUCCCAAAGGUGGAGCCCAAAGCAGAAGCCAGACUGAAGGCCAUGGUGUCGAGCCCUAGUCCUCAGGUGACUGCCGAGUCUUUGGAGCUGGAGGGCCCAAACACCAUAAUGAUCUGCAUGGUCAUCCUGCUGAACAUCGGGCUGGCCAUUCUCUUCGUACACAUUUUGUCAUGAGACAUUGUCCACCACCUCAGGUCACCGGCGGUGUUGGAGAGAGACGGCCUGCCUCCUCCUCCUUAGUUAGGACCAGAGAUCAAAGAUGACCGCCGAGGAGUCAAAGACGCCUCAUACAGACCGCCGCAGCUCCUCUACAAGUUUUGGCUGGUGUGACUGUGUGAGGCUCUGUGAAGCUCCUCUCUUUCCAGAGGUUUGAAAAACUGAAGGGCACGAAACCUGAUUCAGUACAUCUGAAUAUGAUGCCGUUUGUAUGUUAAAGUCGGGGCUGGAUGGUAGAGUAUGUUCUCAGUGCUAACACUGGAGACGCAGCGCUCAAGAAGUCUCAAUUCAUCUUCGUCACAGUGUGUCACAAGUAUCUGAUUAGACAAUCUCAGUAGGCAAUUACACUUCGUCACAAGAUGUUUGUAUAAUGAAGGAAUGUUGAUAACAUAUGCAGACUGAAUAUUCUCUCUACUAUGCCUUCAACUUGAUUGAUGAGACACAAAUUUAACUGCAGCGGACGCGUAAGAGGUUUAGGAGUUAUGACUGUUACUAUCAUUAUUUUAAUAAUCUCCAUUAAUGUGUGGUUAAAAACCUGAAGGUUCAUUAAUUUGGAGUCUGAAAUAAAGUAAAUACAGUUGAAAUGCUGCAAACUGUAAGCCAACGCUACGUAAAUAGCCAGUUUAUUGUUUUCAUCUUGUUGCUCUUCAGUCUCCAAAGAAUCUAGAGUUACAUUUUUGGCUAAUAGCAUUUGAGACUGUGGUGUACUACACUGUGAAACUUUCUAUUUUCACUGGGAUUUAUUAUGCAUUUAUUAUCAUUCUGCUGCUUUGGUUUUUGGAGCUGCAAAACCAAAUAGAGAAGGAAAAUAGGAAGCUUAUGAGUGUCACUGUACUGUAUGUUCCUGUGGUGGUCCUCAUACGGAUGCAGUUUAGCACCCAGGUGGUUUUAAACAAGAGGUGUGUAUGUUUUGCAAUAGAAUGAGCAGGCAGAAAAACGAAAGCUUAUUUAAAACGAUCACUGUAUGUUGUAGUAAGGUUUCUAAAUUGACAUAUUUGUAUUAAUGCAAACGUAGCAGCAGGAGGUGGGCUUGGUGUUUGCCUGUGAGCUACUCAUGUAUGUUUCAGUGUAGAAAACUGUCCACUCUUGUUGCACACCGCAUGAUUAUUCAGGGCCUGUUCUGCUUUAGAGCCAAAUACGACUUCAAUUUUUGUACGCAUGAGGGCACUUUGUGUGUAUGCGUCUGUAUUUUUGUACCGUUCUGAAGUGCACAUCUUUUCAGCAUUCACCAUAUUCUGUUGUAGGAUUUUUGUCAGAGGCAAAUAUGCAUCCCUAAAAUUUCUUUUUUUCCCAAAAGGAGUCAGAUUACCUCAUUAUUUUGUGACAUAGGGAAACAAAUAUGGAAUGGUUCUUAACUCCAUGUCUUAUUUUGAGAAUAGCACUCUCCAGAUGUGCAGUUUAAUAUUUCUCCCAUGUUCUAUUUAGCUAUUUAAUAUGUGGCUUUUAAAAAAGGACAAAGGUUUUUAGCUGAAAAGGUUUUGCCUUUGCAAAUGAACACGUCACUGGUUGUGCAUUAUUUUCAUGCAAAGAAAAAAAAAAAAAAUCUUCAAAAAGUUUUAAUAAAUCUCUUAUUUGGCAUACAUUUGACCCCAAUAAGUUUAUCCAAAUGCAUUAACAGAGACAUUUGUCAGAUGAACUCAAUGUAAGUGCAAUAAAACUAUUCAUAUAAGUCAGUGUAAUGUAGAAGCCAUUUUGUUUUGACUGUUUGAGCAUUUAAUGAAAUUAAAUAAUGCUGAAUUUUAACAAAAGGGAAGAAAUGCAUUCGUUUGUAGCCAAACCUAUUCAAAACCACAAAGCUGAAAAUAAAACUUACAACACUUGCGAUUGUG